AUGUUGGAGUCCUUGGCAGCAACUUUGUUGAACAGACUAUUAGGCUCCUAUGUUGAGAAUUUUGAUCCUGAUCAAUUGAAAGUUGGUAUAUGGAGUGGUGAUGUUCAGCUAAAGAAUUUGACAUUGAGGAAAGACUGUUUGGAUUCUCUUGAUUUGUCUGUGGAUGUUAAAUAUGGUGUUUUGGGUGAUCUAAUAUUGAACGUUCCUUGGUCCAGUCUUAAAAACAAACCAGUUAACAUAUUUAUUCAAGAUUGUUAUUUAUUAUGUAUUCCAAGAGAUUUACACUCAUAUUAUUCUCAGGAAUCUUUAGAACGUCAAUUCAGACUGAAAUUGAAAAAACUGAUGGAAUGGGAGCUCUCUAAUAAAGCAAGAAAGAGUCAAGUUAUUGAUUCGGGUACUGCAGGAUCCGAAAAUGAAUCAUUUAUGCAAUCCUUAAUAACCAAAGUAAUUGACAACAUCCAAAUUAGUAUUAAAGAUAUCCAUAUUAGAUACGAGGACUCUUCGUGUAUAUUUUCCCCUGUUCCAUCUUCUAUUGGGAUUUCUCUCCAUGAAUUAUCCGCGGUUUCAACUGAUUCCAAUUGGACACCAAAAUUUAUUGAAACUACCCAAUCACUUACGCAUAAAUUAUUAACUCUAGAUUCCUUAAGUGUAUACUGGAAUACAGAAACAAAGGAGUUUGUCGAUAUGAACAAUGUCGAUCCUAUUAGAUUUCUAGAGAGUUUCAGGCAGUAUAAUGACAAUAAUAAAACCUCAAAUCAAUAUUUAUUAAAACCCGUAACAGGUACAGGUAAGUUGAGUAUAAACAAACUCGGAACUACAGAAGUUCAACCUCAUCUUGAUUUGCAACUGAUAUGUAACCAAUUUGGGUUGGAACUAGAUGAUGCUCAAUAUUCCGGAUUCCUACAUUUUAUAUCAAUAUUAGAAAUGCAAAGAGCUACCCAAAAGUUUAAAAAGAAAAGACCUUCCUACACAGUAGCUGAAAAUCCAAGAGGAUGGUUCAGAUAUAUUGCGUCAUGUAUAAAGGAAGAAAUCCACGAAAAGAAUACUAUGUGGACAUGGCCUCAUAUCAAGAAAGCAGCAGAUUAUAGGAGGGAGUAUAUUGACCUUUGGAUUGAAAAAUUGAAAUCUGGUGAUAUUGAAAAGUCCUUCGUAGAUCAAGUUAAGGAGGACAGACUAAUCUCACUAGAGAAGGAGUUGAAUUUCGAUACCAUUAUUCUCUAUAGAACAGUUGCCAAUGGUAGAUAUAUCGAAAGCAGACUAACGUCAAAGGAAGGUACACCAACCACUUCUGUACCAAUAUCACCUCAACUAAGUGAGGAAAAUAAGCCUGGCACAUGGCUCUCUUCUUGGUGGAGUAGUGAUUCACUUGCUAACCAAGAGGAUAAUUUGGUACUUACUGAAGAGCAAAAGAAAGAGUUGUAUGACGCUAUUGAAUUUAAUGAUCACUUGCAAAGCAACUUACAAACUAAACAUGUAGAUAGACAUUUGACCCAGAUGAGAGUUACCGGUCUGCUUCGGAAAGGGUUUUUGAUACUUAAAAAGAAAGAUAAAAAUGUUCGAUUAGGUACGAUGACCUUCAAAAACUGUAAUUUAGAAUUUCACAACAGAGAGGAUUCUAGUCUAACAAAUUUUAAACUUCAAGAAUUUAAAGUUGAGGAUGGUUCCCCAAAUAGUAUUUUCAAGGACAUUAUUUGUUCUAAAGAAUUAGCCAUAGAUGAUACUUCAACUUUAAGUCAACCAUUAUUCCAGGUUUUAUAUGAGUCAAAUCCUUUGGAUGGGUUAGCAGAUUCUCGAGUCGAUUUACAAUUACUGGGAACAACCGUCUUUUAUCAUGUACAUUUUAUUUCUGAAAUUAUGAGAUUCUUCAAACCAAAGUCUAACCAUAUGGAUUCGGUAACUGCUAUUAUUAACGCCGCAAGUACUACAGUCGAAGGCUGGACAACUCAGACUAGAAUGGGAAUCGAAUCAUUACUUGAUGAACAUAAAACGGUAGAUUUGAAAUUAGAUCUACAGGCACCGUUGAUAAUUAUACCGUUGAACCCAUUUUCGUGGAAAACCCCUUGUGCUCUUAUAGAUGCAGGUCAUAUAUCCAUUGUGAGUGAUUUGGUUUCCAAGGAAAAAAUUUCUGAAAUUAAGGAGAUGUCUCCCAGUGCAUAUGAUAAAAUAGAUGGAUCAGAUAUAAAUAGACUGAUGUUUGAUAGAUUUACGUUAAGAUCACAAAAUACUCAAAUUUUGGUGGGUCCUGAUAUUACCGAUACAUUGGAUAAUUUGAAUAAAUCCUCUUCUGGUAAUCGUUUCUAUAUUUUAGAAAAGAUGCAACUUGAUAUUAUAAUUGAUGUCUCUAUUUUACCAAAAGCUCUUAGAUUACCAAGAAUAAGAGUAUCAGGGCAUCUUCCAAAGCUGUUUAUGGCAUUCAAUGAUUAUCAGUAUAAAAUUUUCCUUGAUCUGGCUCGUAAUAUUAUUCCCCCAUCCAACGACUUAAGUGUGAGUGCAGAUUACUAUGAAUCUAAAAAUGGACAGCUUUCACCUGAAGAACAACAGUUAGAACAAGACACCUUGAGGGAAACAAUUGAAUCCAUUAAGGAUUUAUCUGAACUUGAAAUAGAGCAGAAAUUUCUAGAUAUUAAUUUUGAUAUUGAUGAAGCCCAAUUUUCUAUACAUCAAUGUUUAGAUAAAAGUACUAUGGAUAAUAAAAAGUUAAUAGACUUAGUGUUUACAGAUUAUAAAUUUACAUUUGAAAAAAUGAUGAAACAGAUAAAUGUUAAUAUGAGUGUCAACUCCAUGGCUGUUGAAGAUCAUAUUGUUAAUACAGACUUUGCUGAGUUUAGAACUCUUAUUAGUUCAGAUAUGAAUAAACAAGAUGGGGAUAUUAUGACACUUGACUAUAAGAGAACUCAAAGAAUUGUCACUCACGAGGAAAUGUUAAUAGAGGUAUACGAUCAAGAUAUUUCUAUUAAUGCCACGAAGAUGAAAUUAAUUCUAACUCCAAAAUCGAUUUUAAGUUUAAUGAACUAUACGGUUUUAACAUUUACGGAUCCAAAUGCUCCAGAGGUACCUGCAGAUAUUUUGAAACAUAAUGACGAAGAUCAUGAUGAUUCUCCCCAACAAUUAAAGGUUAAAUUUAAGUACGAAGGUAUGGAUGUUAUUCUAAAUGAUGAGUCGAUGAAACUAGCUACGUUUACCUUAUCUUCAGGUGAAUAUGAUCUCCUUCUUCUACCUGAAUCAAUGAAGUUUAAAAUGGACUUUGAUGGUGUUGAACUAAUUGAUGAGAUAAAUGAAGGUGUUGGUAAAAAUAGCGUAUUUAGAAAGUUGAUAAGUAUGAAUAAUCAAGACCUCGUGGGGUUGCGCUAUGAGAAGUAUGAUGCAACUACAAAUAAGUUCAAUUAUGAUUCCAUGAUGGUAUUAUCUGCCGGUGCAAUGUUUGUUAAUUUUAACAAAGAGUCAAUAAGGAGAAUUGUGUUGUUCUUGAAAAAGUUCCAAAAGAUGAAGACCUAUUUCGAUAGCUUACGUCUAGCUGCAUACAAUCAAGCACCAUCUCUUUCGACAGUUAACAAUAUGAAAGUUAAUAUUAGCAUUAAAGCUCCAAUUAUUCAAUUUCCAAGACUAGCUCCCCGUUCAAACGAUAAGUUCGAUAGUAUUAAAUUUUACUUAGGUGAAAUAUUUAUUGAAAAUGAUUUUAUCCAAUCUAGUACCUCGAAUAUUAUUAAUAACAUUAAGUUAGGACUACGAAAUGGUCAGAUAGCAUCAUUAUUUCAUUUAGACGACGGUAUUUCACAAGAUCUGUAUAUCGCCGAUGGAAUGAGUAUAAAUUUUGACAUUAGUCACAACCAGGGAAAAAAUAGUAUAUCUCCAGUAUUCAAAAUUUUAGGUGAAUUAGAUCCAUUAUCAUUAAAUGUUACUGAAUUACAACUAACUUAUUUGUUCGACAUUAUUAAUCUUUUAGAAGCAGCAUUCAUUUUACCAGAUGAAGAGACUUUAACUAGCGCAACAUCAACAGCAUUGAGUUCAGAACUGGAUGCAAAUUCUAAUUCAGAACAUGAUAUUACAGGAACUAGUAGCUUGUCGUCAAAUAUUUCAACUCAGUUAAAUCUCUCUGAUACAGAGAAGAAUACAUAUAAUAGUAUUGAUUUUAAAUUUUCUGCGCCUUCUAUUUCUCUGACAUUAUAUGAUAAUACGGAGUCCUGCUCAACUAUUGACCAGAAAAGUUUAACUAAAAUAAUGAUACAAGAUAUGGCAUCUAGCAUUAUCGUUCAUACUGAUGGUUCAUCUGAAGGGAAUGCUCAUAUUGCUUCUUUUACAGUAGAAGAUACUCGUGAUAAUAAGGAUAACAAACAUCCAGAGCUUAUUCAGAGAUCUGACUCUCAGGAAUAUCAGUUUUCUGCGUCGGUUUCUAGAAAGAUUGUUACUAAUAAAUUGAUUACAAAUAUCUCAAGUACUAUUCACAGUCCACGUAUUAUACUUGCACUAGAUCAUAUUUUUGCUGUUAAGCGCUUGUAUGACACAGUAAUGGCAUCCAGAAUCUCGAUGAAGCAGUCCUCAUCCAACGCCCCUGUUAGAGCAAUUUCUGAAGCAGCACACACUAAAAAUGAUGCUAUUUUACAAGAAAGUGGUACCUGGCAGUAUUCGUUUAACAUUAUUGAUGCCGCAAUAAUCCUAUUAGCAGAUCCAUCAGAGUUGGAUUCUGAAGCGGUUGUCUUUAGAGUGGAUCAAUUUUUAUUAACCGAACAAUCUAUAAUGUCAGCCUCAGCAAAUAAUAUUGGUAUGUUCUUAUCAAGGAUUAAUGACUUAGAAAAAAAUAAAGUUAGACUUAUAGAUGAUUUCUCAUCCUCUUUGAUUAUCGAUAAAAGGGAUACUACACCGCAAAAACUCUUGACAAAAAUACAUGCAUCUGUUGAACCUUUAGUUAUGCGUAUAUCAUUGAGGGAUAUUCGUCUCGCUAUAUUGAUAUUUAAUAAAGCAAUUUCAUUAAUGGACAUAAACAAGAUUGUUUCUACAGGAGCGCCUAGUAAUGAAACAGACGCAACUAAAGGUAUCUUUUCAAAAGAAUUUGAAAGGCGUAUGAAGAAAUGUAUUCCAAGUUUGAAUAGUGCCGAUUCUGAGAUAUCUGACAUCAUUCCAUUACAAGACAUUGCAAAACAGACUAGUAUUUUGUUAAAAGGUGAGGCAUUUGAUGCUGAUUUUGGAGGAUGUAGGAUCAUUCUAUUGGGUGAUGUACACGAAAUGCCUAUUAUUGAUACAAAGGUAAGUGCCUUCACAGUUAAUGCAUCAGACUGGUCUACUGCUUUUGACGGGUCAACCAAUAUUGAGGCUGCUGUGAAUGUUUUUAAUUAUUCUAGAUCUAGUUGGGAACCGUUGGUUGAGUCAGUCCCAAUUGGUUUGUCUUUAAAGAAGGGUACAGAUGCUACGUCGUCUAUAAAGUUUGAUAUAAUUGCCAGGAAGAACACAGAAGUUACUUUAUCCUCAAGGGCAAUAGCAAUGCUUUCGAGUAUUCCAAAAUCUCUGAAUGGUGAACUACAUUUAACUCCAAGAGGGUCAAAGAAGCCAUAUAGAUUAAUAAAUGAUGCAGGAUUAGAUUUAAAUGUUUGGAUUUCAGAUUCUACUGACAGAGAGAAAAGAGAAGGAUUGAUACAUCUUAAGGCCAAUUCAUCUGAGUCCUGGGAAUUUGAAGAUUGGAAAUCUAUUAGAGAACGUUUAGAUACCGAUAAAACUAAAAGUGUUUUGGGUGUCGAAAUUGAUGGUUCCACAUAUACUACGACAAUGACAAUUGAUGCUACUUUUGAAGGCGAGCUGUUACAUGUCUUACAUCCAGCGAUAGACCAAGUUCAUAAUAGAAUUAUUUGCGAAUUAAAAUGUAAUGAUGAUAAUGUUAAAGAUAUUACUUUUAGGUCAACGUUAUUAUUGGAGAAUAUAACAGGUAUUCCACUGAAUUUUAAAGUAAUAAAAUUAAGCGAUAAUAAUACAGUGGAGUUCCAAAUAAAACCUUCAGAAAGUCGCUCUGUUCCUGUUGAAUAUGCUUAUGCAUCCAACAUAUAUGUCCAACCUGUUGUUACAAAGAAAAAUUUUGGUUGGUCUCUCCAUCCAAUUGUGUGGAAGAAACUCCUGAAUGUUCCAGCAUCCAUUGAUUGUGACGCGAUUGAAGAAAACAAUUCAGACCAGAUUUUCUUCGAAGUAAAUGCAAAAUAUGAUAAAAGAGAGCCAUUGGCUAAAAUAUAUCCUCAUAUGAAAAUCACAGUUUCACCAUCAAUUAUUAUCGAGAAUCUGUUACCUUGUGAUAUUGAAUUUUCGAUAUUUAGUAAGCAAGCUGAAAUGAGAAAAGUCAAGUAUCUCGCUAAAACAGAAAAUAUGACAGUUUAUGACGUUUCGUUGAAUGAAUUUCUAUUGCUUGCGAUUAGACCAUUAGUUGAUGAUACUCCUAUGUCGAAACCAUCUAUAAUCAAUACACCAGAAAAGUCUCAGCUCCAAUCCGAGAGGGCCAUUACAUUAACUAUGCCAAAUGGUCAACAGCUACAGGUCUACAUGAAAUAUCAGAGUAUCGAGAACAGCAGAGCUAAAACUAUUAAGAUAUACUCUCCAUAUAUUAUUAUGAACUGUACAGAUAGAGAUUUAUAUAUGGAAGGAUCUUUCGGGAAUAUUAUGCAAUCUAAGAUUAAUGUCGAAGAUGGAAAGAGAUAUACUUUACCAAAGAUGUUUUCAUACGAUAUUGACGGUGACAAAAAUAAUAGAGCUAGGGUAAGAUUUAGAGAGACUGAUUGGAGUACCCCAUUAUCUUUGGAUGCAAUUGGACAAUCAUUUGAUGUUACAAUGGGAGUGCUUAAUAAAGCGUUGGAAUGCAACCUUGGUAUCGAUGUUACAGAGGGUACAGGGAAAUAUUCUUUGAGCAAAGUGGUAACAAUUUCACCACGUUAUAUUAUCAAAAACGAAUUACCUUUCCCAAUUGUUGUUUGUGAAACAGGAUCCGUAAAUACUACGGAGAUAAUGUCAGAUGGUUCCAUUGCCCUGUAUAAUCUGAGAAAUAUCAUUAAUAAGCAAUUAGCCUUAAAAAUGUUAGGUUCUAUUUCUGAGUGGACAGCACCUUUCUUUAUCAAGGAUAUUGGGUUAACUUACCUGAAACUACUACAAGAAAAUGGAACACACAUGUUGUUAAAAUUGGAGGUUACAUUAAGCCAAGCAACUAUUUUUGUUAGAAUUAAGGAUGGAGAAAAUUUAUGGCCAUAUUCAAUAAGAAAUUUUAGUGAUAAUGAUUUUAUAUUUUAUCAAAGGGAUCCUUCAGUGAUAGAUGAAUAUUAUGACGUCGAACCAGAAGAGGAGAAAUAUAAUAAUGAGUAUAAACCUUUGUACUAUAAAGUUCCAUCCAAGAGUGUUAUGCCAUAUGCUUGGGAUUAUCCAACAGCAAGACAGAAAAAGAUUGUUUUAUUAGUAAGAGGACGAAAGAGAGAGAUACAAUUAGCUGAAAUAGGUACCCAAAAACCUAUGCGUUUACCUGCUAGGGUGGCUAAUGAACAACCAGCCAUUGUGGAUCUGAAUGUUAUUGCGGAUGGUCCGACUCAAGCAUUAGUAAUCUCAAGAUAUGACCCAGUAUCUAGUAUUUACAAAUUACGUGAUGUGCCAGUGUCUUCCAAUAGUUUAACUGAAGCAAGGACUACUGGUAUGGGCAUUGGGUCUACUCCUUCUUUGGCUAGUACUCCUGAACUUUUUGAAACGGAAGAAGAAGAUAAUCAUAUGUUGAAGAAUAUAACUAUUAACAUAUCUGGAUUCGGUGUUUCUUUAAUUAAUAAGCAAUUAAAAGAAUUAGCAUAUGUCAGUGUCAAGGGUCUUGAGCUGACUUACAAAGAUAGUGAUUUAUAUCAAACAUUUGGGUGGAAAAUAAAAUGGAUCCAAGUUGACAACCAAAUCUUUGGAAGUGUGUACCAAAAUGUUCUGUAUCCUACUGCAAUAGCAAAAAGUACUGAAGAUCUUGAAUCACAUCCAAUAUUUUCGGGGUCUAUUUCUAAGGUGAAAGAUGAUUCGUUUGGUUUACCAUAUUUCAAACAUCUAACGUUUUUACUACAAGAAUUUUCAAUCCAGCUAGAUGAAGAUUGGGUGUAUGCAAUGAUUGAUUAUAUGAAGUUCCCAGGUUCUCCACUUUACAGUGAUUUUACCAAUGUUCCAUUGAAAGAAAGAAAUGUGUUACCUAAAAUUGAGGAAUUAAAUUUCUCAAACGAUGUUUAUUUUGAAAUGUUUCACAUUCAACCAACAAUUUUACAUUUAUCAUUUGUUAGUUCUGAAAAUACUAAAUUAGAUGAAAAUGAAGAAAAUGAAAACGGAAUUGUAGAUGAAUAUAAAGAGAACGUUGAUGUGAGUUCGUCAACUUCUGUAUUUUUAUUGCAUGUAUUAACAAUGACUGUAGGUAAUGUGAACGAUGCUCCAAUUAAGUUGAAUGCGCUUUUCCUUGAUAAUGUAAGAGUUCCGAUACCAUUGUUAAUGCAAUCAGUGAAAACACACUAUAGUCAACAAUUUUUCUAUCAGAUCCAUAUGAUCCUCGGUUCUGCUGAUUUCCUUGGAAAUCCAGUCGGGUUAUUUAACACUAUUAGUUCAGGUGUGUGGGAUCUGUUUUAUGAACCUUAUCAAGGUUAUAUGUUAAACGAUCGUCCACAAGAUAUUGGUGUAUUUAUUGCUAAAGGUGGUUUAUCUUUUGCUAAAAAGACCGUAUUUGGGUUAUCUGAUAGUAUGGCUAAGAUGAGUGGCUCAAUGGCUAAGGGUCUUUCUGUUACUCAGGAUAGUGGUUUUCAAGCUACCAGAAAAUUACAGCAAAGAAUGAAUGCAAAUUCAAGAAACGUAUUUUCAACUUCAGCCCAAUCAUUUGCUAGUACUUUAGGAAGCGGGUUUGCAGGCGUUGCUCUGGAACCACUUAAGGGUAGUCAACGUGAAGGUGCCAGUGGAUUCUUCAAAGGGUUAGGUAAGGGUCUUGUGGGUUUACCUACAAAGACUGCAAUUGGGUUCCUUGACCUUACAAAUAAUCUCAGUCAAGGUGUAAAGAGUUCUACUACGAUAUUACAAGCCCAAGACGAUCAAAGUGUCAGAUUACCUAGAUAUAUUAAUCAAGAUCAAAUUAUCCGUCAAUAUGAUAUGCGUGCAGCACAGGGGCAAUACUGGCUUAAGUCAGCCAAUGGUGGUUUAUUCCAAGAUGAUCGUUAUUUAGCACAUACAGUAUUGCCAGGUAAAGAACUAAGUGUCAUUGUAUCAAUGGAACGUAUUACAGAGAUCCGUAUGGCAACUCAAGAGGUAAUGUGGGGGAUUGAAUACCAUACCAUUCAGGGAAUCACUUUGGAGCGUGAAGGAAUCAGAAUUAAACUCAAGACUCAAAGCGAGUACUUCAUUCCUAUUGAGGAUUCACAAGAAAAAAGGGCCAUAUACAAGAGUAUUAGUAUCGCUGUGGUCGAAUACAACAAGUUUUGUGAAGCAGUGUUAUGA